GCCAGAGCCGAAGCCGGAGCCCGAGGCGACGCGAGCCGAGCGGGGAGCCGCGGAGGCUGCUGCCUGCUCUCCCGCCCGCGCCUCCGCCGCCUCCGCGCUCCAGCCUGCGGGUGGUGUGAGCCGUGGCCAGUCGCGGCCAGCCAGGGGGCAGCGGGUGCUAUGGCCGCGCCGGAGUCGCUGCGGCCCCGCCUGUGUCGCCUGGUGCGGGGCGAGCAGGGCUACGGCUUCCACCUGCAUGGCGAGAAGGGCCGCCGUGGCCAGUUCAUCCGGCGCGUGGAGCCAGGCUCCCCAGCCGAGGCGGCCGCGCUGCGUGCCGGGGACCGCCUGGUUGAGGUCAACGGCGUCAACGUAGAAGGCGAGACGCAUCACCAGGUGGUACAGAGGAUCAAGGCUGUGGAGGGGCAGACUCAGCUGCUUGUGGUGGACAAGGAGACGGAUGAGGAGCUCUGCCGGAGGCAACUGAUCUGCACUGAAGAGAUGGCCCAUCGAGGGCUUCCCCCAGCCCACAGUCCCUGGGAGCCAAAGCCUGACUGGGCCUGCUCGGGCAGCCUUGGCUCUGACACCGGCCAGAAGGAUCUCAAUGGGCCCCCAAGAGAGCUUCGUCCCCGGCUCUGCCACUUGAGAAAGGGACCCCAGGGAUAUGGAUUCAACCUGCAUAGUGACAAGUCCCGGCCUGGCCAGUACAUCCGCUCUGUGGACCCGGGCUCCCCUGCUUCCCACUCUGGCCUCCGUGCCCAGGACCGGCUCAUUGAGGUGAAUGGGCAGAACGUGGAGGGGCUUCGUCAUGCUGAAGUUGUUGCCAGAAUCAAGGCACGGGACGAUGAGGCCCGGUUGCUGGUGGUAGAUCCUGAGACUGAUGAGCACUUCAAGCGGCUGCGGGUCAUCCCCACGGAGGAGCAUGUAGAAGGUCCGCUGCCAUCACCAGUCACGAACGGGACCAGCCAUGCCCAGCUCAAUGGCGGCUCCGUGUGCUCAUCCCGAAGUGACCUACCAGGCUCAGACAAGGACAAUGAGGAUGGCAGUGCCUGGAAGCGAGACCCCUUCCAGGAGAGUGGCCUCCACCUGAGUCCCACAGCAGCUGAAGCCAAGGAGAAGGCUCGAGCUACUCGGGUGAACAAGCGGGCACCCCAGAUGGACUGGAACCGGAAGCGAGAGAUCUUCAGCAAUUUCUGAGCCCCUCUCUGCCUGUCCAGGGGCCCUGUGGUCUCUUCCCGCACGGACCUUGGGCCUUUGCAGAGCUCCCCAAGCCUGAGCAAGACUGGAGGGUGGUGUCACACCACCCAGAAAACAACCCAUGACCCCCAUGACCCCUUGUCUUGUCCUUUGGGUGCUGCAGCUGUCAUAGCAAGAUGAGAGAAGAGAGAAACCCAGAGGAAAGAGGGAAAGAGAGAGAGGGAGAGAGAGAGAGAGAGCCAGCUAGCCAAGACAGACAGAGAAACAGCAAGAGAGGGAGGAGCUAUGCAUGGUGGUCUGCCAAGGGCCUUUUGCUGUUCUGCUUCGGGCCUGCUGACUGAAAGGAAUUCAUGUUUUCGCUUUUUUUCCUAAAAGGUCUCCAGCUCCACAUAUGUUUCUGGUUAAUAGUGGAGCCCCUCCCCCAACCCCCUGGGGCUCACUCUAAAUAAUUGCAAUAAAACAAACCUUUCUCUGCAAACCCUUUCUUACCCACCCUGUCAGCAGCGCCAUCCCGAGCAGAGACCAGGGACUCCAGGGACAAGACAGCCAGGGGCCCUCAGGGCCAGCUGUGCCUGUAGGAGCUAUCCCUCUGUCCCAUCCCUCAUGUGGGAUGGUCCCUCGGCCAGGCCUCUCUGCCUAGCUAGUCCUGUGCUGCCUCCCACAUGCUGGGUUCUGGAAUGCAGAGCCUCGGCUCUGAGGGGCCCUGAGGAUAGGUGUUCCAUGACUCGAAGAGGGCAGCCUCCUGACAAGCCCCUUACCCUGUUCUGCAGCUCUAGGACCUGGAGAUGGUGGGUCUGUGUGAGCCAUUCCAGGUCUCAUCCUGGGCCUGGCCCCUGCCUUAUGCCUACCUGGCAUUUGCCCUCUGCCCUUUCCUCAGUGUUCUCAACUCCCUGAACUCACUUAUUGGCACUGCAGUCUGCCUCACAAGCCAUAGCGCACGAGCGCGCGCCCUCAAAUUAAACAGGCCUUGCCUUGAACUCUG